UGGCUCAAAGUUUCGGUUUUCCUGAAGAAAAACUUCUUGGAUUUUACCCUUUAACCAGUUUCUUUUUUUUUUUUUACCCUCAAGCUUUGAUUUUGAUGCAAUGGAUUUGCUUCUUAUGAGUUUUCUUACAAUGGGUAUGUUUUAGUUUUGUGGUUCACUGGUUCUGAAGAGACUAAUCCUGAAAAAUUGGGUCCUUGCGUUUUCUUCUGAGAUUGGUGUCUUCUUGAUGCUUUUUCUUUUCGCUGCUUUGUGGUACCAUUUGUGAGAAUCCAUGAAAAAGGUGGCGGUGGUGGUAGGUUUGGUUUCUCAUUGAGGGUUGACUUCAUUUGGAUAAAAUGUCUUCGGCCAUUAUAAUUCAAUCAAAACACAGAUUCAAUAGCCUAGCAUCCUAUAGAGAAGUGAAAAAAAUUCAAAAGUCAAUAUGGUGAGCCUAAGAAGGCGCAGGCUACUGGGACUUUGUUGUGGACCAAAUGGUUAUGUGACACCGCUUCCUUUUCUAACUGCUGAGGAGAUGAUCACUGGGAUUCCAAAUCCUAAUGGCGUAGAAGCUUAUAGUCCCGGGCCUAAGGAGGAGAAAACGCCUAUUGAAGAAGGGACACGCUCCCAGAGGCAAAGAACUCCUUCAAAAUAUAUUAUGCAUUUCAUGUCUGAUUGCUCAGCUAUUUCACCGGAUGAUUAUGGUUCCAUCUCUCUUAAAAUGGAGCAAGACUUAUGUGAUUCAGACCAGCCGCUGAAACGAAGAAAGCGGCAUAGAAGAAAGCAAGUAAAGAACCAAGAACCAUGUUUGAUGAGAGGAGUCUAUUACAAGAACAUGAAAUGGCAAGCAGCCAUUAAAGUUGAGAAGCGACAGAUCCACUUGGGAACUUUCUCUUCUCAAGAAGAGGCUGCUCGUUUAUACGAUAGGGCUGCUUUCAUGUGUGGAAGGGAACCAAACUUUGACCUCUCGGAAGAGGAUAAACGAGACCUCAAACAACAAAGCUGGGAAGGGUUUUUGGCUUGCACACGCCGAAAAAUUACCAACAAAAAACCUAAGAGAAGGAUGGAGCCAGAGGAACUCUAAUUAGGGUGGGUGUAGUUGAUGAUGAGGAGAUCACUGGUAGUUAUGGUACGCUGUUUACCUGAAGAAAAAGAAGAACGAGAUUCACAAAACGUGACUAUUCUUGCAGACAUCUCUACAAUUUUUUGGCAGAGGGUAAAGAGACUCAAAUACGAAGAAAAUAUUAGAUACACGAGGCUUAAGAGAUGUAUCUAACAAUUGAUAGGAUUUUUUUGUUUUGUAGUUCGCUAUAUUUAUUCAGACAUGAUUUGUGUAGCUUAUACCUCACGGGGAAGUUGCUUAAUAUAUUACAAAGAUUUAUUAAA